ACGGACCGAUAGACCGGAACCUUCCAGGACAUUACAAUCACGCCGACAUCGAACUGUAGAGAACUUUCUUGAGAAUUUGUCAUAAUUUAUUGAAAUAACUUCUACUACACGCUAUAGAAAAUGUCCGACAACGAAGACAACUUCGAUGAUGGUGAUUUUGAUGAUGGGGAAGAAGAUGAGGGGAUGGAUGAUCUGGAGAACGCAGAAGAUGAGGACCGGGAGAACGUACAGAUCCUUCCCGCGGGAGAGGGCCAGCAGGCCAAUCAGAAGAGAAUAACAACUCAAUACAUGACCAAAUACGAGAGAGCCAGAGUGCUAGGGACACGCGCCCUCCAGAUAGCGAUGUGUGCCCCAGUCAUGGUGGAGCUGGAAGGAGAGACAGAUCCCCUACAGAUCGCCAUGAAGGAACUGAAGGGUAGGAAGAUCCCCAUCAUCAUCAGGCGCUACCUUCCAGACGGCAGCUACGAGGACUGGGGCUGCGACGAGCUUAUCAUCACCGACUGAAGCAGGCCCCGCCCCAGGCACCCCCACGGCCAAUCAGAUCCUCAGACACCUGGAGAGGGAUGUCAGCAGUCAUUUGUUGACGCCGAACUGAGAACCUUUUUUUGUUUUGGUGCCACUGUACGGCUCUCCAGUCCGGAGCGUCCACCAUUAUCCUGAUGGAAAUAGUUAGAUCUGAACCUUUUUGUCUCUGACAGGCGGAUAAGUUACAACAUACAUCCACAAGGGGGGAAUGUAACUCAAGUCACUGUUUAGCUCAAAUGUACUUUCAGAAACUCGGCUACGAUUAUGAAGUGGUUCUGUGAAGGGAGAUGGUAGUUUGUUUUAUAGAUCUGUUUUAUUUUUCCUGUGAAUAAAUUAAUUUGUAUGAAA